CUCUUCCCCGCUGCCGGGCUCCCUGUCUCCCUGAGCCGAGCCGGAGAAGUUGCCGCCGCCUGGAGUCGGACCAUGUGCGGCCGCUCACUGCCCCACCUGGCGCUGGUCGCUUGCCUGUUGUUGUUGUCGUCGUCCGAGUGCACGUCCAGCCCAGCCGCCGAGCUAACCGUCCCCCGGAGGAUCGUGCCGCCCGGGCCCGGGGAAGGAGCGGGGCACCGGGCGAGGAGAGGGACGUUACCCGCUGUAGAUGAAGCUGCGAGCGGGGGUCAGCAACCUCUGUACCUCCUGCUGCCGGCAUUCGGCACCGAGCUACUGCUGGACCUCAACCUGGAGCAGAGCUUCCUGGCGCCGACCCUCACGGUGGAGGAGCGGGGAGACGGGCAGCCCAGAGUCCGCCAGCUUCCAGCCCACAGCCACUGCUUCUACACCGGCUACGUCCUCAACCAGAGUCGCUCAUCCGCCUCCCUCAGCACCUGUAAUGGACUGUUUGGAUAUAUCCAGAUUGGUGAUGACCUGUUGUCAGUAGAACCUGUAAAUAAAUUGAACUCGUCAUUCAGUGGAGAAGUUCACCAGAUCUACAGGCAUGAACGGUCCCUCACAUCAAAGAAUAAACACCUGAAGAAUGACUUCUGCAAAGUGAUUGAAGGAAGAAAGAGACUGAAGAAAGCUGAUGGUUGGCGGCCUAGAAGAAAUGCCAUUCGAUUAACCAAUGAAUACACAGUGGAGACGUUAGUGGUGGCAGAUUCUGACAUGGUUGAAUAUCAUGGUGCCGAGGCUGCUCAACGAUUCAUACUGACUGUCAUGAACAUGGUAUAUAACAUGUUUCAGCAUCAUUCUCUGGGAAUCAAGAUCAAUAUUCAAGUGACCAAACUAAUCUUGCUUCGUAAUCGUCCCGAUGAGCUAUUGAUUGGCCAUCAUGGAGAACGGUCACUGGAGAGUUUCUGUCGUUGGCAGCACAAGGAAUUUGGAACAAAAUAUCUAGGGAAUAACCAUGUUCCUGGUGGAAAAGAUGACUUUCCAGCUGUGGAUGCUGCUGUGUUUGUCACAAGGACGGAUUUCUGUGUACACAAAGAUGAACCUUGUGAUACUGUAGGAAUCGGCUACCUUGGUGGAGCAUGCAGUGCAACUCGCAAGUGUGUACUUGCUGAAGAUAACGGUCUCAAUCUGGCCUUUACCAUUGCCCAUGAACUGGGCCACAACAUGGGUAUGAGCCAUGACACUGAUCACGCCUCAUGUGCUGAACAUUUCCACAUCAUGUCUGGUGAAUGGGUCAAGGGAAAAAAUCCAAGUGACCUAUCCUGGUCUACCUGUAGCCAUGAUGACCUGGAGAAUUUUUUGAGGUCAAAAGUCAGUGCCUGCCUCUUGGAAACUGACCCUAGAAGUCACUAUAUAACGCGGCUACCUCCCAAACUGCCAGGCAUGCACUAUAGUGCUGAUGAACAGUGCCAGAUUCUUUUCGGAGCCAAUGCAACCUUAUGCAAAGAUAUGGAGCAUUUAAUGUGUGCUGGACUAUGGUGUCUGGUAGAAGGGGACAAACCAUGCAAAACAAAAUUGGAUCCUCCUUUGGAUGGUACAGAAUGUGGUGUUGAUAAAUGGUGCAGAGCUGGGGAAUGUGUCAGUAAAACACCAAUUCCAGAGCAUGUGGAUGGAGACUGGAGUACUUGGAGCCAGUGGAGUAUGUGCAGCCGGACAUGUGGAACAGGAGCCAGGUUUAGACAAAGAAAAUGUGACAAUCCCCCUCCGGGGCCAGGAGGGACAAACUGCCAAGGAGCCAGUGUGGAGCACAAAGUGUGUGAGAACUUACCUUGUACCAAGGGAUUGCCCAGUUUCAGGGAUCAACAAUGCCAGUCUCAAGACAAGCAAGGUCAUAUGAAGAAAAAACACUGGACUGCAGUCCUCAACGAUGAUGAUCCGUGCACUUUGUAUUGCUCUUCUUUUGGGAAAGAGUCCCCUGUCCUGGUAGCUGAGAGAGUUCUUGACGGGACUCCUUGUGGGCCAUAUGAGACAGACCUUUGUGUAAAUGGCAAGUGUAAGAAGAUUGGCUGUGAUGGAAUCAUUGGCUCAGCAGCCAAAGAGGACCGCUGUGGUAUGUGUAACGGUGAUGACAAGUCCUGCGAAAUCAUCAAAGGAGAUUUCAAUCAAAGCCGAGGAAUGGGUUACGUUGAAGCUACUGUGAUCCCUGUUGGUGCCAGGAGGAUUCGUGUAGUUGAAGAGAAACCAGCCCACAGUUUCCUGGCUCUAAAAGAUUCCACAAAACAAUCCAUCAACAGUGAUUGGAAGAUUGAACUUCCUGGCGAGUUUCCAAUGGCAGGAACGACAGUCCGUUAUGUGCGACGGGGACUGUGGGAAAAGAUGUCUGCUAAGGGACCAACUAAAACACCACUUCAUUUAAUGGUGCUGCUAUUUCAUGACCAAAGCUAUGUUAUCCACUAUGAAUACACAAUCUCGGUGAACAACUCCAUUGAAAGCAGCAACGAAGUGCAAAAACAGCUGGAACCUUUUUACCUGUGGACAAAUACUGGCUGGGGGGACUGCAGUGUACACUGUGGAGGAGGUGAACGGAAAACAAUUGUCCGUUGCACCAAGAUUAUGAAUAAGACAUUGGAGGUGGUGAAUGACAGCGAUUGUCAAAACCUGACCCGUCCAGAUCCACAGGUCAGGAAGUGCAAUAUACAUACAUGCCAGUCAAGGUGGGUGGGAGGCGACUGGACUCCAUGCUCCAGCACCUGUGGAAAAGGCACUCAGUUUCGAAAUGUGACUUGUGUCUAUCAGCUACAAAAUGGCACAUAUUUCAAGACAAGAAAUCUCUACUGUCUAGGUCCAAGGCCAUCUACAGUACAGGGCUGUGAAGGGCGUGAUUGUCUAACCCUGUGGGAAGCCUCAGACUGGUCUAAGUGCUCGACAGACUGUGGUCGUGGAAUUCACCUAAGGACAGUGAACUGCACCAGUCCACAAAGCAAGUGUGAUCUCGCAACUAAACCCAGUGAGGAGGAGGAGUGCGAGGACCACACAAACUGCUACAAGUGGCGGACAGGAGAAUGGUCAAAGUGUUCCUCCACAUGUGGAAAGGGCCUGCAUUCGCGGGUGGUUCAGUGUAUGCAUAGAGUCACUGGUCGCCAUGGCAAUGAAUGUCCGACCUUAAGCAAACCACCAGCUUACAAACAAUGCCAGCAGAAACCUUGCAAUGGAAGCAUCAACAUCAACACGAUCACCUCACCCAGCCUUGCUGCCUUGACGUACAAGUGUACAGGAGAUCGGUGGACAGUAUACUGCAGGGUCAUCCGAGAGAAGAACCUGUGUCAGGACAUGCGAUGGUACCAGCGCUGCUGCCAAACCUGCAGAGACUUCUACGCAAACAAGCAAUACCACGGUAGCUAAUCACAGGUUUUUCUGCAGCGUCAGAUAAUUUAAGAGGAGCUUCAACUCUGCCUGAACCUGAGCAGAACUGAGGUUUGUAGAAUUUCUCAAACUGGAAGAGAACAAUGUUGAGGCAUGCUGUGGGGUCCACACAACAGUUACCCACAGUCCGCACAAGAUCUCUGCAGUUUUGGAUUGUGCUGCAUGAAACAACUUCAAAAACCGAAAUAGCGACCUUUUCAAGAACUGCUCCCUAUGAACUUCCUUUGGUUCUGCAUUGACCUAUUACUACAACAUUAACAGCCUGACUGAAUUAGUGGGGAAGGAAAACUUAAGCAGUAGCUUUCUUUUUAUUCAAGAAAAAGGUGUUUAUAAUCUUUCACUGCAUGUUUUUGCGGAGUUAAUAUUAUGGACUUGAAUUGGUUGCUAAAAAAAAGCAAAAGACAAUAAUGGAACUGGAGAAUUGUCCCUUUAGUGGACAGGUCAGGAGAUGUGUUUAAACCCCAAUCCACUGCUUUUUUUCCCUCUUGUCAUUCUGGAUUAUAUUAAUAAUGUAACAAUUCUUUCCGUCCAGAGUAUUGAUCAAACCACUUCAGGAACACACUUAUAACUUGAUAACUUCAUUUAUAGCAACUUGAGUAUUUACAGGGUUUUUUUUUAGCAAUACAAAGGCAAACUUGAAUGGUGCUAUUUAACCUUUUCACUGCUGUUCUAGCUUUGGGGUCAAUCAUCUUGUAAUUGUGAUGGACUCCUGUUUGACAAAAACAGGAAAAGGAGACCAAACAGUUAACACUGGUGGAAAAUCAAGAACAGCAUCGCUGCUAGUGAGAGCACGAAGCUAAUUCCGUUCGGUUUCCCCAGAUUUUCGACCAAUACAUUGUGAACUUGCUUGAGUGUGCAGAGAUUGAGUGCAUUGCUGUACGAGGAUGUAAUCUUUGAGCUCCAACAGCCCGACGCUGUGUUUCCUCUUUAUGUGAGCACGUGGUUAGUUUGAGUUGGCUAUACUCCUGCAUAGCCAUAAUGCAACUUUAGCUGCCUUGCACUUAUAACAACUGAUAUACUUUGAAGAAGGGACUUCGCAAGGGACUGAGAAAUGGCUGCCUUAGCAUAUAAGGAUAGUGAUGUCAACAUUUUCUUAAUCAGAAAGAAAUAUUGACCCUUUUGGCCAUUCCUCCCCACCCUGGUUAAUGUUAAUGCCCCUAAAUAGCACAUGAGCAUCAGUGAAACGUAGAAAUUGUUACAGAUGUAUUUCAUACACUUGUCACUUUCUGCCUACAUGCGUGAGGUAACAGUCAGUGACAAACAAAUAUGAGCUUGUAUAACGUUUCACUGCACUGAGAUCCAUGUCUUCGACUCACCAAUGUCACAGCACACUGAUAGGUUAGGCUUUCUUUUCCAAUAUAAAUUUCAAUUUCCUAUUUUGACUAGGGUUACAUGAGAGCUUAUUUCCCAAAUCCCGUUCAUUAGACUUCAUAAAAUUCAGUUCAGAGCAACUAUUAAAGGACUGCAAAGGGUGAAUGAAAUAGUUGUCAAGUUACUCACAAAGUCACAGAGGAUACAUUUGGCCAAGACAGUCUCUCCAGCUUCCAUGUAGUUGUUUGGAAAUGAGGAGCAAGGUGAAGGUGUGGGCCUUCACACUUCUGCAGACAUUUUGAACAAAGCCCAGCAAUUUGGAAACUCACUUCUUUGGGAGGUAUCAUUUUGAGUGUCAUAUAAACCCCAUUUCCCUUGAGACAAGAAGCUAUCACCAAAAUCUGGGAUUGAAAUAAGUCAACUCUCUUUUUUGGCAAAGUGAAAUUAGUUCUGCAAGCUCUUUCUCCUGUAGAGAUGUUAAAUAGAACUCUCAGCACAAAAUCUGCCCUCUACCAUAAUUAGAACUUCCCUUACUCUGUAGAAUCUCAUUGUAUGCCUUUCUCCCCCAUGUGUUUUCUCUAGUUUCAUCUUAAAUAUUUGGGUGGCAUGGUGGCUCAGUGGUUAGCACUGCUGCCUCACAGCACCAGGAUCCCAGGUUCAAUUCCAGCCUCGGGUGACUGUCUGUGGGGAGUUUGCACAUUCUCCCCGUGUCUGCCUGGGUUUCCUCCAGGUCAUCCGGUUUCCUCCCACAGUCCAAAAAUGUGCAGGUCAGGUGCUAAAUUGCCCUUAGUGUUAGGUGCAUUAGUCAGAGGGAAAUGGGACUGGGUGGGUUGCUCUUUGGAGGGUCGGUGUGGACUUGUUAGGCCAAAGGGCCUUUUCCACACUGUAGGGAAUCUAAUCUAAAUAUAUCCACUUAUUCAUGUCAACAAUUGUGUUCUCCCCACACUCAAAAAUAAUCUUCUGAAUUCCUUGUUUCAUUUAUCUUUGGUGUGCCCUGAUAUGUUUGCUAUUAUAGGGUUCUCUCCCCAUUUGAAACAACGGAUAGAAGGAGAUACUCAUUCGUAUGCCAAUGUCAACCCCUUUUUUUUGUCAUUCAUUCAUGGGGUGAGGGUAUCUCCACUAGGCCAGCAAUUCACGCCCAUCUCAGAGGGCAGUUAAGAGAUAUGAGUUAAGGUGGCACAGUGGCUAGCAUUGCAGCUUCACAGUGCCAGGGAUCCAGGUUCAAUUCCAGCCUCUGGUGACUGUCUAUGUGGAGUUUGCACAUUCUCUCCUUUUCUGUAUGGGUUUUCUCUGGGUGCUACAGUUUCCUUCCACCGUCCAAAGAUGUGUUGAUUAGGUGGAUUGGCCAUGCUAAAUUGUUCAUAGUGUCCAGGGAUGUGUAAGCUACGUUAGUUAGCUAAGGGGACUACAGGUGGGGGAGGGUGGGAUGCUCUUUAAAGGGUCAGGCGUGUUGGACUGGGUGGCCUGUUUCCACACUGUGGGGAUUCUAUGAUAACCAUAUUGCAGUGAGUCUAGGCUAGACCAGAUAAGGAUGGCAGUCUCCCUCCCAAAAGGACAUUAAUGAACCAGAUGGUGUUUCCCAGCAAUCAACAAUUGUCAUCUUAAAAGUCUUAAUUCCAAAUUUUUAAUGAAUUCAAGUUCUACUAUCUGGGAUUCCAAUCUGGGUCCUCAAAACUGACAGUCCAGUGAUCAUACAUCAAGCCGUCACCUCCCCCAGCACAGAGUGGUCACACUUUGGCAUUAUCAUAUCUAGCCAGGUAGAUUUCAAUUCAGUUGUUUCUCCUCUUCUUUCUCCAACAGGGAAAAUCCCUUACACUAUUGUGCACAAUCUAAAACCAAUGGAAGUGCUAAGACUUUGACACAAAUGCUUUGAGUAACAAAGUGUCAUGAGAGCACAAAGACACGGAAAUCAACAGAAAGUCUUUAAGUACAACAAUAUAUCUACUCACAGUUUUCCUUAAAAGCUCUCUGGUUCAUAGUGCUGUCCUCAUAACCACCAGAUCUUUCUACCUUUUAAUCCAAAUUAAAUUAUGAGAAAUUGCAUGAGUGUUUAAGUGAUAUUAUCAGAAUUUCAAAUAAAUCUUACAACUAGCUAAUUUCUGGACUGAGACUCCAGCUUGAAUAUUAAUAAUGAGCCAUGACAUUCGGGAAUGCAACAGAACUGAUCUGGAAAAUCCACCAGUAUGCUGUCACUGGGCACUCCAGAUAUGAGUCGGGUUCUCUAACUCACUGGGUGGCCAGGCAAGUAUCAAUAAUGCAAUCAAGUGAGGAAAUGGUUUUGGAAGCCACAACAAUGUCAACUUACCAGCCACACCCUGACAUUCUCCCAGCACAGCCAACAUACUCAGUCUCACAGCAAACACCAUCUACAUGCUUAAUGACCCUAUUCUCUCACACCCCAUGCAUAACUUAUCACUGUGUAGUUCUAAUUAUUUAUUUUAAAAAUGUGUUUUAAUUUGCAUAAAAUAUAAAUAAAAGGGCACAUUUUUUGAUUGCUCACUUCUGACUGAGCUUGGUGUGCACCAGGAAGAUAUACAGGAACAGCCAAGCACAAAACAUCAGCCAGAAAAAUACUAGUAGAUGUGCAAAAAUCACCAGCGGCUGAGCAGGGGUCUCAUGGACUGUUCUAAUCAAAGUUAAAGUUUUACACAGAUGAAAGCAAUACAUGGAUCUCACUCUUGAUCUGUGGCUUGACUUAACCACUAAACAUAACCUUAGCCCCUGGUAACAGUAGUGAAAAGGUUUUUCUGUUUCAGUGUGUGGCAGAGCUUGUAAGCUGCUUUUGGUGUUUAAUGGUGCUAUAUUUUUUGCAAUUUUUACUUGUUUCAUUUCAGUCUUUUUUUUUGCAGCAGGUAGUGUGCUAUUCCUAUUGAACUGUUAAAUGUUAAUUGCACAAGUGACUGCCACUAUAUUCGACAUGGUGCUAUCUUAUUGAAACAAUAAUCUUUGUCAGAAGAUGCUCGUUAUCAUCAUAAUGUGAUACGGAAAUAUAUUCAUCACGAUUAGCUUUUUAUUUACAAAAUGCAAUGUCAACGGCAGUUUUGCCAACACACAUAUUGUAUGGAUGGCCUGCAGUAUACUUAUGGUUCUUUUGUGUUGGAGAAAGAACAAAGAAAAUGCUUGAGAAAUUAUAGUGAAGGCUAAUGAACCCAGGCAGCCCGUCCUCCCUUUAGUGGAAGAAUAUUUUGCAGAAUAUUUCACAUUAAAUUUAUUUUCAUCAA